CGUGUUUGAUGUGAGGAUUCUACGUAAUACCACAUUGAUCUUAGGUGUCUCAUUAGCCGAUAUGAUGAUAACGAGGAUAUUAAUUAACAGUGUCACGUUUUUACAACAAUAAUCUCAGCUUAAAGAAUUUCUUGGAGUGGGUACCAGGAUCACACUAUAUACUGGUCGGUAUAUAAGUGCGCGCGUUUUGCCGCUAGCAUCAGUUCAGAAAAUAAGAUUCAAGGAUUAUUAAUCAUGUCUCGCGUUAGUCUCGUAUUGCUUGUUGUGAUUGGAGUGCUUUGCAGCACGACUAUUGCCCAGAGAGGUCCGCAGAGAUGUGGGCCAAAUCAAGUGUGGGACACUUGUGGGACAGCAUGUCCACUAACUUGUCACGGGCCUAAUCCUGAAACUUGCACAUAUCAAUGCGUGGCAGGAUGCCGAUGCAGAGAGGGAUAUCUACUAAAUAACGCAGGAACAUGUGUGGAUGCUCCAGAAUGCUACGCUUCUGAGUGGAACGGAGCGCUAUCAUCAGUCUAUCUCGAGUUGUACGAGUGCAAGCAACGUAAAUUCGAAGACAUGGCCCGUGCAGUAGCUUUCCUCCUCCUCAUCGUGGCAGUCGCCACCAUCAAUGCUGCGCCUAAUUGCGGUCCAAACGAACAAUACAAUAGCUGUGGUACAAAGUGUCAACCCACCUGUGAAAAUCCAUCACCUCAAGUUUGUACACUGGCAUGUAUUCCUGGAUGCGAAUGCGUAAGCGGAUUUGUAAAGAAUGCAAAUAACCAAUGUGUAUUAACGCAACAGUGUUAAUCAUUCAGAAAA